GCCUUACAGAUAACUCCCAACCGCAGUGGGAAUGAUGCGUUUGGCGCGAUUUACUCAGAGUUUUUCGUUUAACAAGAAUGCCGCCAAGCAUCGCGGCAGCGGCAGCAGCAACGGAAACGGAAACGGCAACGCGACCGGAAACGGAAACGGGAACGGCCAGGGGUUAGGUGGCAGCUGCAGUGCCAACGGCCUGGCAGCCACUGGCGGCGUUGGAGGGGGCGGUGGGAGUGGCAGCGGCAGCGGCAGCGAAGGCGGUGGGUGUGGCAGCGGUAGCGGCAGCGGAAGUGGGAGUGGCAAGCGGAAAUCAAAGACAAGAACAAAGUGCUUCGGUGGCACAGUGUUUCGGUGUUGCCUCCCUUGUCGCGGGGGCGGCUCCGCAGCCCCCGCCACAAGUCCGCCCCAAACACCCGCCCAGUCGCCGGACGAGUUCAAGGCCCUUGGCGGUCCGGAGGAUAAUAGCCACAGCGGCCUGGAGAAGCCACCGAAGGCCGAGAAGCGGGACACUCAGGAGCGGAGCAAGGCCAACGGCAACGAGGACGAUCUGCUGAAGCGCACCGGCUACGAAUCGCGAUCCGGAUCCGAGCUGGAUCUGUACGGCAGCAAGAAGAAGCACUCGCUGGCGGACACCAUCGACACAUCGGCGACCACCCCGAUCUCCCUGAAGACCCUCAUCAACGACGUGGACGAGGAGCUGGACCAGCAGCUCAGUGCGGCGGACAUAGCAGCCGCCAGCUUGGCCAGCGGCCUGGUCGCCCGCCGAGCGGAACCGGAAACGCUGAGCGACGCCAGCGUCUCACCCACCGCGGUGGUGCAGCAGCAGCAGCAGCAGCAGCAGCAGCAGCAACAGCAGCCACGAGUCUCGCAAUCACAGCCACACUUGGUGCCCAGCAGCGGGAACAUCCUCAGCCAGGUCACCCUGUACAGCGGCACAAAUCCCGGCCAGAAUCCGGGCCAAAAUCAGGCCCAAGCCCCGACUCCCAGUCAGAGUUCCAGUUCGAGUGCCAGCUCGAAUCCCAGCCAGAAUCAACAGCGCUGCAGCUGCCAGCCGCAGACGUCCCCGUUGCCGCAUAUCAAGGAGGAGGAGGAGUCCGAGCAGGCCAACUCCAAGCACCAGUCGAGCCUCAGGGAUCCGCAGCAGCAGCAGCAACAGCCAGCGCCGCCGCCGCCGAUCACCGUAGGCAGCGGCUACUGUGGCAGCUGCGAGAGCGUGCACCACUCCUCGGCCACCUCGUCGUCGGCGGGCACAGUGCCCACUGGCAGUCAGCAGCCGCAGGAGUACAUUGCAGGCACCUCCUCGACGCCCUCGCCGCGCAUCAAGCUAAAGUUCCGCAAGCCGCACAAGUCCUGCUGGUCGCGCAUCGUCCUCGCUCCCAUCGGCUCCACGGGCGGCUCCUCGUCGGCCACCACCGUCAUCGGCAGCAACUCGAACGAGACCUUGGCCUCCAGCAGCACCACCGGCGGCACCGCCACCCAGAACAGCACCCAGAACAGCAGCAGCGUCAGCGUCGCCGCCCACCACCGGCUGACCUCGUCGUCGGCCUCCGCCCUCGCCUCCUCGCACCCCAGCAACUCGCAGCUGCUGCCCACCAGCAAGAUGCAGGCCGAGCAGGGCUCCAUCGGCGACCUGCAGAAGUACCACAGCCGGUACCUCAAGAACCGUCGCCACACGCUGGCCAACGUUCGUUUCGAUGUAGAAAAUGGCCAGGGCGCUCGAUCACCGCUCGAGGGCGGCUCUCCCAGCGCCGGUUUGGUUCUACAGAAUUUGCCGCAGCGUCGCGAAUCGUUUCUAUAUCGCUCCGAUUCCGACUUUGAGAUGUCGCCCAAGUCCAUGUCCCGAAACUCAAGCAUCGCUAGCGAAAGGUUUAAAGAACAGGAAGCCUCUAUACUCGUUGACCGAUCCCAUGGCGAGGAUCUCAUUGUGACGCCUUUCGCCCAAAUUUUAGCCAGCUUACGUUCAGUGCGCAACAAUUUAUUAAGUCUGACAAAUGUUCCAGCAUCAAACAAAUCCAGGCGGCCCAACCAAUCCUCGUCGGCCUCCCGAUCGGGCAAUCCCUCGGGAGCCCCACUGUCCCAGGGCGAGGAGGCCUACACCCGCCUGGCCACCGACACCAUCGAGGAGCUGGACUGGUGCCUCGACCAGCUGGAGACCAUCCAGACCCAUCGCAGCGUCUCCGACAUGGCCUCGCUCAAGUUCAAACGCAUGCUCAACAAGGAGCUGUCACACUUCAGCGAGUCCAGCAGAUCAGGAAAUCAGAUUUCCGAGUACAUUUGUUCCACAUUUUUGGACAAGCAGCAGGAGUUCGACUUGCCGUCGCUGCGCGUGGAGGAUAAUCCGGAGCUGGUGGCCGCCAAUGCCGCCGCCGGACAGCAGUCCGCCGGCCAGUACGCCCGCUCGCGCUCCCCCCGCGGCCCGCCCAUGUCGCAGAUCAGCGGCGUGAAGCGGCCCCUCUCGCACACCAACAGCUUCACCGGCGAACGGCUGCCCACCUUCGGCGUGGAGACGCCCAGGGAGAACGAGCUGGGCACCCUGCUCGGCGAGCUGGACACCUGGGGCAUCCAGAUAUUCAGCAUCGGCGAGUUCAGCGUCAACCGGCCGCUCACCUGUGUGGCAUACACCAUAUUUCAGAGUAGAGAAUUACUGACCAGUCUUAUGAUACCACCGAAAACUUUUCUUAACUUUAUGACUACUCUGGAGGACCACUACGUCAAAGACAAUCCGUUUCACAACUCGCUGCAUGCCGCCGACGUGACCCAGAGCACCAAUGUGCUACUCAAUACACCGGCGCUGGAGGGCGUCUUCACACCGCUCGAGGUGGGCGGGGCUCUGUUCGCCGCCUGCAUCCACGAUGUUGAUCAUCCCGGCUUAACCAAUCAGUUCUUGGUUAACUCAAGUUCCGAACUAGCAUUAAUGUACAAUGACGAAUCUGUUUUGGAAAAUCAUCAUUUAGCUGUUGCCUUUAAAUUAUUGCAAAAUCAAGGAUGUGAUAUAUUCUGUAAUAUGCAAAAGAAACAACGCCAAACAUUGAGGAAAAUGGUUAUUGAUAUUGUGCUGUCCACGGACAUGUCCAAGCACAUGAGUCUGCUGGCCGACCUGAAGACAAUGGUGGAAACCAAGAAGGUGGCCGGCUCCGGAGUCCUGCUGCUGGACAACUACACCGAUCGCAUACAGGUGCUCGAGAAUCUGGUGCACUGCGCCGAUCUGAGCAAUCCCACCAAGCCGCUGCCGCUUUACAAGCGCUGGGUGGCCCUGCUCAUGGAGGAGUUCUUCCUGCAGGGCGACAAGGAGCGCGAGUCGGGCAUGGACAUCAGCCCCAUGUGCGACCGCCACAAUGCCACCAUCGAGAAGUCGCAGGUGGGCUUCAUCGACUACAUCGUCCACCCGCUUUGGGAGACCUGGGCGGACCUGGUGCACCCGGAUGCCCAGGACAUACUCGACACGCUUGAAGAGAACAGAGACUACUACCAGAGCAUGAUACCGCCCUCGCCGCCGCCGUCGGGGGUCGAUGAGAAUCCGCAGGAGGACAGGAUACGCUUUCAAGUAACCCUGGAGGAGUCCGACCAGGAGAACCUCGCCGAGCUGGAGGAGGGCGACGAGAGUGGCGGCGAGAGCACCACCACCGGCACCACCGGAACCACCGCCGCCUCCGCGCUGGGCGGGGCUGGGGGCGGUGGCGGCGCCGGCGGGGGCGUGGCACCCAGGACGGGUGGCUGCCAAAACCAACAGCAACACGGUGGAAUGUGACGGAGAGUCGUGGGAAUUUAUCGCAAAUUACAGGAAAAGGCUCACAACUUUUUCCUAUUACGUUAGUGACUACUAUUAACACACAAGAAACCAAACAAAAACCAAAAACGAAAAACUACAAAAAAAAAACAAAGAAAAACUCUUGGAAAAAAUGAAAAAAAAAAAUACAAAAAAAACCAAAAAGCCAACUAAAGAAAUAUUAAACAAAUGUUUAAAGCAUACAAAAAAUCCAAACAGCAAUAGCAAAAGUACCGUAUAACUUAUAAAGCCUAGAGAAAAACGAAAAAGGAAAUUAGAAAUUUACUUAAUGGAACACCGAGAUUGAUGUUGAAAAUACACUGAAAAAAAAGGGAAAACAUGAGGAGAAGAGCUAACUAUGAGAAAUCUUGCAUAUUGUUAAAAACACAAACCCACACACUCAAUCCAAGACAAAGCAAAAGUAAUGAGAAAACCCAUUGAUAAGUAAUACUAAGAAGAUACCAAAACUCCCGCCCUGAAAAGAGUAAUUUCCCCCAUUAUAUAGACGAUUUUUGUUGCAUGUGUAGGCAAAUGAUUUUUGUUAAAUUCAACUGAAGAAGGACAUCAUCAGUCGGAGGAAGAACGACCCCCAAACCAAUUAUCCUCUUUUAAACCAUUGACUAAAGUGAAAUAUUUAAAAAAGAAAAAUAACCAAACGGAAAGAAAUAAUUAGUACGACUUAGCCUAAGAGAAGUUUUUAAGUUUUGAAUGUUUUGCAUGCCCCGAACAGAUUCAUUUUACUCGAUUGAUAACGCUAGAUCUAACUUGUAACCGAUAAACGAUAACAGCAACCCAUAUGGAGUUUUUUAUGAUUUAGACCCCAGCGAUAGAAGCGAAAACAAAAAAAAACCACAAACAAACAACCAUGUUAAGUGUAAGAACCCAGUGAAUUAAACCAAAAUUGAAAGCCACCCGAGUUAAAGCCAUUUAAUUCAAAGUCUAAAACUAAAACUAAAUCUAAAUCCCCAAAACCAAACAACAAAGAUGAACAGUCUACAGCCAGACUGUAGUUGUAUAGUAAUAUAUAUGAUAUAAAUAUUUUUUUUUAUAUUAUUUGUAAAUAAUUUAAAUGUUGGACUCGAAUUUAAAGCAAGCGGCUAGCAGAUUUUUGCAGCCAAACUAAAACUAAAAAUGAAAACAAAGCCAAAAACACACAUAAAUAAGAGAGUAAGUGCAGAGAAGGGAGGAAAGAAGGAAAAACUAUUGUACAAUUAGCUAAAGAAUUUCCAUUUCAACUUUCAAUUUGAAUUGCGAUUUGAUUUGCUUCCAGAAAAAAGAAAAAGAAUGAAAGAGAAGGGGAGAGGAAAAUAGAGAGAGAGAGAGAGAUGAACCGAAAAUAAUGUCAAACGCUGUCUUCGCAAAUAUUUUUCGCUAUAUACUACUUAUAUCAUUAUUUACUAGUUACUAAGCUACUACUGAGCCACACAAUUUCAAAGUGAAAGAGACAGGACACUCGGACGCGAAAGAGAGGGAGCAUUGAUGAAUUUAGUGAACAAACUUAACUGGCAGAAAGCGAAAGCACUCACAAUUUACUAUACUACAAACCACAGACCACCAGAAAAGACUCUUCAAGCACAAGCAAUUUUUAGUUUUCCAAAUGCAAAACCAAAGGAAAAGCAACACAAGCACACACACACAAGAUAUAUAAACCGAAAAAGUCAUUGGCUAUAAUACGAUUAUUUAUACCUAACCUAUACAGAGAUAUAUAUAUACUAUAGAUAUAUCGAUAUGUACUAUAUGCAUAUGCAAAGUCACGAUACUGGCGCUGGUGCGCGGAUCGAUCAAUGUGGCAGGCCAAAUUAUAAACGCGCAUAAUUUAACUAUUGUUUAAUAUUAUGUUUUAUUGUUAUUAAUUUAUUACCCAAAAAACAUUAUUUUUUCUGACCUAGUGCUAUACAUUUCUUUUUGUGUUUAAGCGGGCAGGAUCCGCGCAUAAAAUAGUGUUUUUUUUUAUAUAACAAAUAUAUAUAUAUAUAUAUAAUAUGAUAUGAUAUGUGAAUGAAAUGUAAUGAAAUGAAAUGGAACCUUGAUGGUCUAAAAAUAUCAUUAAAAAAAGGAGAAAAACAAACGAGAGAUGCAAAGUUGAAGAACAAGAUACUUUAUAGCAAUUUAAGCAGCAUUGUAAAUGUGCGCUUCAGAAUUACUUUUUUCGAAACUUAAUCAACCUUCAGCAAAUACAGCCAGAUAUAUUACCUACAUACAUAUAUUAUUAAUUAAACCAUAGUUGCGAAACGAAAACAAAAAUGACGGCAAGUCCAUGGCAAACUUAAAAAACCAAAAGCUACUUUAACAAAUUGAGUGAAAUAAAUAAAAGAAAGAAACAAAAAAAGCGAACAAAACCAAAUGACUUUUUCUCCUCUCAGAAAACAAAUACGAAAAGCAAAGAAACUGAAGAAAAUGAACUACUAUAUAAUGUACUUGUAACACGAAUUUCCCUGCGAGUGAAGUCUUUCCGUAGAAUCAUGAAAAAGAAAACCCUCGGGGGAUUCCCCGGACAGAGAGAUACUGGUAGUUCGCCAGAGUAUUAACCGAAACAUUUAAAUUUAUACGCAUAGGCGCAUACCAACAUAUAUAGAAUAUAUACUAGGCAUAUAUGAUGCAGUAUCGGACAUUUGAUGUAUACUCGAGUUGAAACUUAAACCUAACCAGAUGUUGUACGUGUAUGUGUAAUUCGAAGAACUUUAAGUCCAAGCCCCCAGAUCAGCAGUGAAUAUCAUCCAGAGAGAGUCAUGCCCAUGAGAACAAGCAAUUUAUGGUUAAAAGGAAAGGAACAGAAAGUCGAAAAGCAUCUAAAUGUAAUUGUUAGACACUUGCCAAGCAAAACCGAAAGAUACCAGCAAGUUAAAAAGGCAUCUAUAGAAGUCCCUACCCCUAACAUCCCCCCCUCAAUUUUUGACUGAAAUUGAAUCGUCUAGUAGAGGCACUCGAAGCGUAUUCCCUGUAAUUUUUGUCUGAUUUUUCCUAUUGACGUGCCGCCAAUUAUAUCAGUGUAUAUAACUAUUAAAAAAGUAAUCUAUAUAUAUAUAGCAUCUCUAUAUAUAUAUAUAUAUUAAACGCAUAUAUUGCACACAUAGAGUUAUGUAGCGUCAUGUGUCAUCAAGGAUACCCACUUACAUAGAGGAAUAAAUAUAUAUACGUAUAUACAGAAGCAAGUAAAUAUUUAUAUGGGUAACGAGAGAUCAGCAUUUGUAGCACAGGUUGGCCAAAUUUUUUGGGAAUCACGAGUCAAGUUGCCGAGGGAAAACCAAAGGAAAACUGUUUGUUGUGCUGUUAGCCGUAAAUGAAAACUUUUUUUUGAGAUAACUUAAUAACUAUACAUAAAUAUAUAUUACCGUAUAUGUAUCUAUACUAUAACUAUAUACAGCAGGCGACAGCAACAAAAACUAAAAAAAAGAAACCUAAACCAGAUACCAGAAACUUGGAAAAAUACCAAGAAGACAAAACUUUAAACAAAAAAUACCAAAAAAAGAAAAAGAAGAGAGAGUAAAUAAUACAAACGAUAUGGAAAUGGCAUGUUUUGUACUAUAAUGAAAUGAGAAAACACCAAAGACGAAGACAAAACAAAAAGAAUGAAACCAAACACAAAACAAACAAAAAAUAUACUAAAAGAAUACAAAAAAAAAUACCAUAAAUUGUGCGCUGGCGACGACGGUUGUUAGAAAAAAAAUAAUGGAAGAAAAGGACAUGCCGCUUGAAGUGCCGAGCGUAGACGAGUCCUUUCGCCUCGCAAGUCGGCAUCUCAAGCGAGUGGAGAAUAUCGGGAGAUAUUAUAUACAUAUAGAUCACGUAACGCUGGCGUUACUGGGCAAACAGUUAGGCAUUUUUUUUUUUUUGGAAAUUUAUACAAUUACAUUUACAAAAAGCUCACCCACAACUACAACUACAGAGGAAACAUAUACAUACACACACAACACGGACACGCACACAUUGAAGCGAAAAGGGAAAGCGAUUUGAUGGGUAACAAAUUCUGGAGAUUUCGAAUUCUGGAACCGCGAGAAAGGAGAAAUGAACGCGAAAUAUCGGAAUAUCGGCAAAUUAUUUACCACUGAACUCGAUCAGGCGUACUAUAGUACUAAAUAGGGCUUACCCAGGCUAAGUCACCCAAAAUAAAUAUAAUUAUAUAUACAUAUAUGUAGUUACGAGCUGGUUUUUGUUGUUUCGUUAUUGUUUCGGUUAUGUUUCGCCUCUCUCAGAAUUACCAUAUACAUAUAUAUGUAUAUUCUAUGUAUAUAUAUGUAGUUAUGUAUGUGAAAAGCGUAUUCAUUUAUGAAAUUAAUGAAAAUCUACCCUGAAAACCAAGAGAAAAACCCAAAGUCAAAUACAUAAUUGCAUGCAAGAGUAAGUAAUAUUAAUGAAACCUAAGAAUAAAAGUCACUCUGUUUGGCAUUAAAAACAAAGACCGCAUGGCAAAUGAUAAAUUGUGAAGAGAACAAUGGGAAAAGGGCAUUGAGAACAGAUUUGAAUGAGUAUGGAAUACAGACGAGAAAUGAAAAUGAAAAAUUAAUGAAUCUAAAUAAAUGAAAAGAUAAUAUUUAAAAAUA